AUGCCGUCACGAAGCCGGUAUCAAGACCUCGACUUUGACAUACACGUUGAUUCAUCUUGUGCAAGCGACGGUGCGGAGGAGAAGCCGCCUGCCAUGGAGCAUGAUGAUGCAGUCGGUUCUCAGGAGGCGACUUGUCCUGAGCAGGGCUCGCACGCAAGUGUCGGCCAAGACGGUACGAUGACAAACAUUGAAAAUAUCAAGCAUGGUGUGGGGGACAUGGAAGUAGACAAUGUGCCCGACCAAGAUUCGCCGUUGGACACUGAAAAUCUGCAGCCGACGGUGGAGGAGGUUGCCGACGAGCUCGAGGACGACUCGCUACUUCACAGCAAUGUCUGGGCCGAACGGGAUGGCCCCGAGUCACGUAGGGAGCCGGCCUCGUCCGAUGUCGAGAGUUGCCAUGGCAAUGUCGAGGGGCGAUCCUCUGGCCGGACGGAAGCGCUGAUUCACGCCGCGGCCAAAGAGAUUGUAGAAGCUAUUGCCAGCGACUCCUCUCGAGAUUCCAUUCAGAGCGCCGAAAGCGCCGCCUCGGCAGCUGAAGGAGAAGACGGCCGACAAUCCCUUGGAGUAGAAUCGGACGCUGGUCAAAGCCGCGUCUCGGAAGUUGACCAUGCCGAACACGCAGCUCAUGCGGACGAGGGCGGGGAUAGCAGCUCCCAUCACGAGCACGAGGACGACGUGUUCAGCGACAAUAGCCCCCGAAGCUCCGUGGGAUCCGUAUCCGAAGCUGAGCGCGAGAGCGCCCACGAGGUUGCGCCGCCAAAGACCAGGACGGCCCGUAUUUCGGAUAUUCCUCAGUCCGAUGCAGACGAGGAGUUUAGUCCCGCCAUCCGGGGCACGCAAAGACCAACAUUCAGAUCGCCAUCCUCUGUCAUGGCAAUGCAGAUGUCUUCUCCGCCUGCGUCGGCUACUGCAACUCCCCGAUCCAGCCGCCGCACGCCGAGAUCGACUGUCUCGAGACUCGGGUCGCCCAGUCUCUCGAUGCAGUACUCGCCAAAAAAGACCCCUCCUCGGUUUAGGAGAAACACUCCGCCACUCAUAUUGCUGCAUGUCACUGUGCUCCCGUCACGGUGGCCCUGGGGUCAUGUCCUGGACCACGCCCGGCCAAGUGACUUGAGCCCCGAGGCCAAGACCCUUUGGGAGUCCUGGAACCAGCUCCAAGAUCGUACGGGCGACACCAUUUCAGAUCGUGGCAUUCUCCUGCCUCAUCCCCAGAAUGACUAUGAAGUCUUGGAGGAGCGGCUGCUCGAGACUUUGGAGCUGCCCCUUCGACGGAGAGCCCGAAUCCUGGAGUGCGGGCAUUAUUUAGGUCCAUCAAAUGAAAUGUCUUUACCGGAAGAGAUUGAAAGCGAAGACGAAGACCACUGCAACGGGCGCCGAAGCACGACGGAACAAACCCAUUGGUGCACGACCUGCAGCUCACAAAUCAGAUAUGAUUCGCUUGGUGAUGGCAAGGUGUACCGGGUCAAAGUGUACGCAAGCAAUGGUUUGAUGCGAGCUGGCGCCUGGGAAGCCUGCUGGAAAGAAAUGGAGCGCGUCGACGUCGAGCUGGAGCCCAUUAUUGACUCGAAGCUCCAAGAGGAACUCAACUGUCUGGCUGCCGAGCAGCAGAGGGCCGUUGAAAUGGAGGAGCAGGCUGCUGCGGCUGCUGCUUUUGACGAGGAGAUGCAGCGAUGCCAAGAGGCUGCGGAUGCUGAGCAGUCGUACACGUCCGACCACGUGGACGUGCCCGUUCACAUGGAGGAGCCUUGUCAACCGCAAGUUCACGGACAGUCCAGCCCAUCGUCAUAUGAGGAAGACCGCCGAAUGAGAGAUGAGGAAAGGCUGAGGGAGGUUUAUGGCGCCAGUCCACCUCCCGAGCCGGAAUACUCGUCCAGUCCACAACCUCGACGUUCGGAUCUCUUUCCGCAAGAAACGCCAAUUUCGCCGUCUGUGGAAGCUCUUGAGAGGCGAGAAGAGCGACGCGAAAGCCGACAGCAAACGGACAAAAGCGCGUCGCUGCCUGAACUCAUUCUUGAGGCCGCCAAGGUGCUCAUGCAGGAUCAAAAGAACGUCCUGAUUGGGCUUCUGAGCCUUGUGGUGUUGGUGCUUGCUCUCCGGAGCGGAGCGAAACCGACCGAGAUUGGCUUCGAGUCUGUCAUCCCACAGCCGGUUGCUCAAGUUGCAGUUGGAAAGCCUGUCGAGUCCGUUUCUGGCAUCGUGGAUCCGCCAAAAGCUGAGGUUGAACACGAAUCAGCACAGGCGGCGUCCGCUGUGCAGCAUGAGUCAAACGUGGAAUCAAUGGAGCGUCUGCAGCUAUCAGGCAUGACGCAGGAACUGUCCGAGACGCCAUCAAACGUCAUGCCAAUGAGUACAAUCGAGAUAACCAAGACUGUAACAAAGGCAGUGACCGAGACACGUACGGAAACCGUGGUUGAGACGGUUGUGAAAACGGGAUUCGAGACCACUACGGAGUUGUUGACCAACACCAUCACGGAAACCGUGGCGGAGACGAUAACGGAAACCCUGGUUGAGACUGUUGAGGUUGAAGCGUUGCCUACGGAAAUACCAGGGAAUGCUGCGAGUAUGGAGCAUUCUGAAGCCGUCGAGGAAGAGAUUGCACUAGAGAAGGAACCUGUGGGCGACGGGGAUGGGGAUGGCGAUUGGGGUGUUGAGGGUUACGAUGAAGAGCUCUAG